AUGCUUUGUCAGUAACCUCAGCAUGUCGAGUGGCUCGCGGGUCAACUCCAUUUUCCAGUCCAGUGUUUAGCCCAGCUAAGGGCGGUAACUCGUGCCGGUCUAGUCAGACGACAGCGUGGGGCGAGAGGACCGCGGACUGGAAGACAUUCAUCUGAAGAUGGCAGACCUCUCACAGUACACCUUUCCCAAUGACACACCAGUCUGCCUGCUGGACUGUUCUCAGGCGUUUAAUGGCUUGACACAACAGGAACAACUGUAUGCCCACCACCUGGCACAGGCAUCCUUUACAGGAGGGCUGAUUGUGCUUGUGCAGACAUCACCUGAGUCACCAGGCAUCUUCCUACUACUUCAGAAAACAUUUCGCAGUCAGUCACUGCAAGAUCUCAGAAGCACUGCCUUGAGCAAUGGUGUAACAGAGGAUGAAUUUCAGGCCUUUUUGGUGUAUGCUGCUGCUUUCUACAGUAACAUGGGAAACUACAAGUCUUUCGGGGACACCAAGUUUAUCCCAAACAUGCCACAAGAGAAACUGGAGAUCCUCGUGAUGAACAGUGCCGCAGCAGUUGCAGAUCCUGGUGGAGUGCAGUCCCUUUGGAAUAGCAUCAAGCAAAAAAUGUUUUCACUUAAUGAUCGUGAAAAGGAACUAGGGCUUGGAGAAAAGGGUAUCACCACCUACUUCUCAGGCAACUGUGACCAGCGUGAUGCAGAAAUAGUGCAGGAGUUCAUGGUGUCAAAGAAUCUAAGCCCAUACAACACUCGACUGUUCAAGACAGAAGACAAAGAAACUGGACUUCCUGUCUAUGAAAUCCGACUUGCCUCUGUUGAGGUUGGAGGGGGUGACAUUCCUGGAUUUGAGGAAAAGAGCAAGCAGAUUUUGGGGUCACACAAAUUCUCAGCGAAAGAUGUAGCUGGUCCAGUCACCAUCAAUGUGUCAAGAGGAGACUAUUCCAGAUUAUUAGCCCUAGUGGUACACGACCUUAAUCAAGCUUUGAAAUAUGCAGCCAAUGAUCAUGAGCGAGCAAUGAUCAAGGAGUAUAUAAAAAGUUUCCAGACUGGCUCCAUCCCAGCACACAAGGAAGGAUCUCGAUUCUGGAUUAAGAACAAGGGUCCGAUUGUGGAAACGUAUAUUGGCUUCAUUGAAUCCUAUCGAGAUCCUUUUGGUGUAAGAGGAGAAUUUGAAGGCUUUGUUGCUGUAGUGAAUAAAGCUAUGAGUGCAAAGUUUUCAGCACUUGUUGAGGCAGCAGAGCAUCUGCUUGCACAUCUGCCAUGGCCUGCAGAAUAUGAGAAGGAUACUUUCCUCCGACCAGACUUUACCUCCCUUGAUGUUCUGGCAUUUGGUGGCUCUGGCAUCCCAGCUGGAAUCAACAUUCCUAAUUAUGAUGACAUUCGGCAGAAUGAAGGAUUCAAAAAUGUAUCACUAGGCAAUGUACUGGUAGCUGGCUACAACGAAACCAAAGUAAUUUUCUUGCAAGAAAAAGACAAGGAGCUGUUCCAGAAGUGGAAGAUUCCAUCGUUUGAAGUGCAAGUCGGUCUGCAUGAAUUGCUAGGUCAUGGCAGUGGUAAGCUGUUCAUGGAAGAUGAGAAAGGAAAGCUCAAUUUCGAUAAUUCUGUUGUUCUGCAUACAGAAACACAUGAGAAGAUCACUAGUUGGUACAAGCCAGGGGAGACGUGGGAUUCCAGGUUUUCAACAAUUGCUUCCACAUAUGAGGAAUGUCGCGCAGAAUGUGUGGGCAUCUACCUGUGUCUUCUGUCUGAUGUUCUCAAGAUCUUUGGCCAUGAAGGCGAUGAUAGCGAUGACAUCAUCUAUGUCAACUGGCUCAAUAUGGUGCGAGCUGGUGUCAUGGCCCUGGAGUUCUAUUCACCUGACACUGGUGCAUGGCGACAGGCUCACAUGAAUGCGCGGUUUGUGAUUUUGCGUGUGAUGCUGGAGGCCGGUGAGGGUUUAGUCCAGAUCAACCGCAUAACUGGUGAGGAUGGAGAGCCUGAUCUUCAAAUCAUUCUUGACCGCUCGAAGAUCACGCCAGUUGGCAAGCCAGCCAUUGGGAAUUUCCUUCGUAAGCUUCAGGUGUAUAAAAGUACUGGUGACUACGAGAAUGGCAAACAAAUGUAUGACUACUACUCAGAUGUUAGCGACAGCCAAGAACCUCACUUUCUGAGCCUACGCACCAUCGUCCUGGCACGCAAACAGCCACGGCGUAUGUUUGUGCAGCACCACACCUUUAUACAGGAUGGCAAGGUGGAACUGAAGAGCUAUGAAGCCAGUGCUGCUGGUCUAAUACAAUCUUUUGUUGACCGCUUUCCUACACCAGACAUCGAUGCAAUUGUUCAAGAGCUGUGGGACCAAGAUCGUCCUUUUUUCUAACUACAUAACAAGACAUUCUCCUGUCUCCUGAGGAUUGUUCACUGCUAUGACUGAUUACAGAUAUUGUUUACUUUCAGAAGAAUUUUUAUAUUCAGACUUUUAGAGCUGAAACUUAUGUUGUUUGCCUUGUGUCCAUUGUGUGAGUUUUGAAUUAAUCUGUAAUCAUACAAAUUUCUUUGCUAUGGGUAAUUUUGUUUAAUGUAUUAAGCAUUCUUAUAUAGAGAUCAUCAGGUUUUUAUGGUUCUUUGUUGGAAGUACAUUGUACAGUUUAUAUAAAGACAAUAUUUUGGAACAUUUUAUUUAAUGCUGUGCAAUUAAACAGUUCUAUGGUGAGUUUGUUGCAAAAUCCACUGUGGGUGUUUAGAGAUAUUCCAGUAUUUUAUGACUUUUAUAAUUGUGUGCUGAUUUUUGGAAGAUGGUGUGGAUUCAACUACAUUAUUACACAUUUGCCAUAGAUAAAUUUUGAUAUUUAAUAUGUCAUUGUGGUUGGUAACUGUAAUGUUGCUAAAGUACUUAAAAAAUAAAAUAUAGUCUAGGGAGGUUGUGAAGCAAGGAUGUAUGUAUGAAGUAAACUAGCUUCUGAAAAAAUAUUAUAGAAAGGUAGAAUUAUAAAAAGCAAGUAUGGGAUGUUUAAAUGUUUACGAUCAUGUCAGACAUCGUACAUGCUGUCUUCGUGAAAGCUUUUAUUUCGUAGCUAGAAAUUGUUCUUCCAUUUCAAAGAUUUAGAAUUUCAAUUUUCAGGGUUAAGUUUAAGCUGCAUUAUUAUUUUUGCCAUUACACAUUUGACAGAUUAAAAGAAUGAUUAUAUACAGUACACAACCAGUUUGCUAGAUUAAAUCUGUGGCAGCACAAGUCAAACACAAGCCCUACCAACCCUUUGCAAUAUUUGUCAUGCUGAUAAUUUCACAUUCUGGAAUUCAAAUAUUUUCAACUUUGACUGUUGGGUCCACACUUUUUUAAUGUUUGACAAAUAUACAUGAUUGUUAAAUGUUUGUUUCUGGUUCUCUAGCUAAAAAUACUGAAAGUUUCUUUUUUAUGUCAGCCCUUGAUUGUGUCAACAGGCUUUGGCCAUUGUUGCAUGGAAACGUUUAAAGUAAUCUGGCAAGUAAGCAAAACUUAUCUGUUAUACAUGUAUUGCAUUUGAACAAUGGACAUGGAAUACAAUGUGAAAACAGUGAA